GGCUGCCCUGCCACCAGACUCACUUCCCCUAAGAACUGCCCACCACCCCACCUUGCAGAGCAGGCUCCAGCCCUCUACUCCCAAAGUUGCAGGAUGUCGAUGACAGAGUUGCUCAACGCUGAGGACAUCAAGAAGGCUUUGGCGGCCUUUACCGGUGUGGACUCCUUCGACCACAAAAAAUUCUUCCAAAUGCUUGGCCUCAAGAAAAAGAGCCCGGAUGAUGUGAAGAAGGUGUUUCACAUCCUGGAUAAAGACAAGAGUGGCUUCAUUGAGGAGGAUGAGCUGGGAUCCAUCCUGAAGGGCUUCUCCGCAGACGCCAGGGAUCUGACUGCUAAAGAAACCAAGACACUGCUGGCCGCUGGGGACAAGGACGGGGACGGCAAGAUUGGGGUCGAGGAAUUCUCCAUUCUCGUGGCUGAAAGUUAAGAGGCUGUGACCGCCCUCCCCUCCCCGGGGCCUUCAGCCUUCACCUCUCUUCCCCUCUCACCACUGCCCUCCUCCUGCCUUUCGGUUCAGUUUGUUUGUGUUAUUUUUUUACUCCCCCUCCCCCCUGUGGCCCUCGAAUGACACCACUCUUCUGGAAAAUGCUGGAGAAAAAAUAAAGGCUGUGUCAGUCAGA